AUGGCCGACGUCGUCACCUACGACUGGCGCCUAACUCCAAUCAUGACCGCGUUCGACGGUGUGCGUCUUCAGACGCUCGGCGUGAACGGCAAGCCCAGCCACGAAGCCGUCAUCGAAGUGCAGCUCGGCCAAGAGGUUAAAGUCCACGUCACCAACAAGCUGUCCGAGCCCACGUGUCUGCACUGGCACGGCAUGAAGCAGCUCGGCACGCAGGAGAUGGACGGCAUGUGUGGCAUCUCGCAGUGCGCCAUCGAGCCCAACAGCUCGGCGACCUACCGCUACACGCCCGACAAGGCCGGCACCUUCUGGUGGCACAGUCACCACGGCACCCAGUACGCGUACGAUCUGCGAGGCCCGUUGAUCGUUAACGGGCCCGACACUAAAGCGAAGAAGCUCUGGGACCACGAGUACACCAUUCAGAUGGCGGCCAUCUACCACGCGCCGCCGCCUCCGGGGCCCCCGCUGUCGACCUUCGACUUCGUGCUGGGACGCAAGUAUCUGCUGCGGGUGAUCAACAUGGCCGCCAUGGGGACGUUCGAGUUCACCAUCGACGGCCACGAGUUCCAGGUCAUUGCCGCCGACGCGGAACCCGUGGCACCCACGAAGCUGCUCAACUCGAUCAUUGUCAACGUCGGCCAGCGCUACGACAUCAUCGUGCAGGCGAAGAAGGACACGCGGGGAGUGCGCUCCUUCUGGAUGCGGGCCAAAGGGUUGACCGGGUAUCCGUGGACGGCGCGGACGGCAAGCACGGGCACUGCUGGCUUCAACGAGGAGGGCUUGGCCAUUGUGCGCUAUGACUCGCGUAGCAGUAGCGCUGAGCCGACGACGCAGAAAGCGAAAACGACCCCUGACGAUCGCUCCUACAUGCGCUUCAACAUCAACACGACGAUCGGAACGGGCAUCGUCUCGCUGGACGGAGGCGAGUUCCAGACGCUGGUUGUCCCGGAUGAGCCGCCGCUCUUGAGCAUCGCGAGCGGAUUGACGACUGCCGAGCUGCCGCGCAGUGCCAACGCCCGAGCUAUCAGGUACGGCGACCAUGUGGAGGUGGUGCUCAGGAACGACGUGAUCGAGCAGCGCCCGUUCCACCUGCACUCGCACGUGGCGUGGGUGGUCGGCAGCGGCCACGCUUCAGCUCAGGACGUGUACAACAACAAACUGCCAGCGCCUAAGCUCAAAGGAGCCAUGAUGCGAGACGUGUACACCGUUCCACCCUGUGAGGUCGACGCCAAGGGCGUCUGCGUGAUCGUGGGCUACGUCGUGCUUCGGUUCAAGGCUGACAACCCGGGCGUCUGGAUGAUGCACUGCCACGUCGACUGGCACAUGGCCAUCGGCAUGGGGAUGGUCUUCGUGGAAGGCGAGGCGGAGCUGCCCAAGAAGGGCCCGAAGGCGUUUUCAAGCAGCUUGCUGAGCGUAUGCAAAAACAAAUCGACAGGUGGGGAUGUGGUGAAGGCCUACAGCAACGGAUAUCGGUCUUCGACAGCGAGAAACUACCGCGGCUCGAAGAAAAGCACCAAAAGCUCAAAGAGCUCAGCCAAGUAA